GGCCGGUGACGCGCCGGGAAGGGACCGCCCCCCGCCGGAGCGCCCGCCGCCAGCCCUGAGUCCAGUGGAGCGGCGAGCGAGCGCGCGCAGCGGCGGCGGCCAGGCGAGUCCAACAUGGCGCUGCUGAGCUGGAGCGGGCGCCGGCGAGGAGGGGGCGAGGCGGCCGGGGCUCCCCCGACGCCGCUGGCCCUGCCGCUGCUCGGGCUGCUGUGGCUCUUCCCGAGGCCCGCGGCGCCCCUUCCCAGCGCCGGCCCCGUGAUCCUGGGCAUGCGGCUGGAGUACACCACCUUGCCCGCGCCGGACGUCCAGAACGCCAGCAUAAUCCAGGUGUUGGAGGGCGCCGAGAUCCAGCUGCGCCUCUUCGGGCUGGGCAUGCACCCCAACGUCUACCAGAUGGUGGCCUUCGCCGAGGUCAACGGCACCCACCCGGAGCCGGCCAGCGGGGCCAACUGCUCCGAGAAGACCCAGGACCUGAAGGUGAAUCGGGUCCCCAGCAGCGAGAGCGGAGACACCUCGGUGUUGGUCCAGGUCAAGGUGGAGCGGCUGCGCAAGGAGGAGCAGUCCAAGCAGUACGUGAUGUGCACCCAGCAGCACCCCGGGCAGGCCUGGGUGCCCCUGCACGGCAGCGACGCCUUCAUCCGGGUGGUGGAGGAGAAGCAGUACCUCAUGCCCCUCUGGCUGCAGCUCAUCCUCAUCAUCUUGCUGCUGGGGCUCUCGGGCAUGUUCAGCGGGCUCAACCUGGGCCUCAUGGCCCUGGACCCCAUGGAGCUGCGCAUCGUGCAGAACUGCGGCGCCGAGAAGGAGAAGCGCUACGCCCGCAAGAUCGAGCCCAUCCGCCGGAAGGGCAACUACUUGCUGUGCUCCCUCCUCCUGGGGAACGUCUUGGUCAACACCACCCUCACCAUCCUGCUGGACAACCUCAUUGGCUCUGGCUUGGGGGCCGUCAUCGCCUCCACCUGCGGCAUCGUCGUCUUCGGGGAGAUCGUCCCGCAGGCCCUGUGCUCCCGCCAUGGCUUGGCCGUGGGUGCCAACACCAUCGUCGUCACCAAGUUCUUCAUGCUGUUGACUUUCCCCCUCUCCUAUCCCAUCAGCAAGCUCUUGGACUGUGUGCUUGGCCAAGAAAUCGGCACGGUCUACAACCGGGAGAAGCUGGUGGAGAUGCUCAAGGUGACGGAGCCAUACAAUGACUUGGUGAAGGAAGAGCUGAACAUGAUCCAGGGGGCGCUGGAGCUCAGGACUAAGACCGUGGAGGACGUCAUGACCCCGCUCCACGACUGUUUCAUGAUCCACAGUGACGCCAUCUUGGAUUUCAACACCAUGUCGGAGAUCAUGGAAAGCGGCUAUACCCGCAUCCCUGUCUUUGAGGAGGAGCGGUCUAACAUUGUGGAUAUACUCUACGUCAAGGAUCUGGCCUUUGUAGACCCCGACGACUGCACCACCCUCAAGACCAUCACCAAGUUCUACAACCACCCGGUCCAUUUUGUCUUCCAUGACACCAAGCUGGAUGCUAUGCUGGAAGAAUUCAAAAAGGGCAAAUCGCACCUCGCCAUUGUCCAGAAGGUGAACAACGAAGGAGAAGGUGACCCCUUCUACGAAGUGCUGGGCCUCGUGACGCUGGAGGACGUCAUUGAAGAGAUCAUCAAGUCGGAGAUCCUGGAUGAGUCCGAUAUGUACACUGACAACCGCACCAGGAAGCGGGUGAACAACCAGAAGAGCAAGCGGGACUUCUCUGCAUUCAAGGACAACGACACUGAGUCCAAGGUGAAGAUCUCCCCGCAGCUGCUGCUGGCAGCUCAUCGCUUCCUCUCGACAGAAGUGACCCAGUUCACACCAGCCCUCAUCUCGGAGAAGAUUCUGCUCCGCUUGCUCAAACACCGUGACGUCAUCCACGAACUGAAGUUUGACGAGGAGAACAAGAAGUCCCCCCAGCACUUCCUCUUCCAGCGGAACAAGCCGGCCGACUACUUCAUCCUCAUCCUGCAGGGUAAGGUGGAGGUGGAAGCUGGCAAGGAGAACAUGAAGUUUGAGACCGGGCCCUUCUCCUACUAUGGGGUGAUGGCCUUGAGUCCUUGCGUCGCAACCAUUUCAGAAGUCCGCUCCCCGUCUCACAUGAGCAACCUGAACCGCUCGGCGUCCCUCUGCUACCACGAGCGGUCCGAUUCCAUCUCCUCCACCUUCAGCGGCAGCAACAACCAGCUUAACUCCACCGCCAGCUCCCAGUACAUCUCGGACUUCAGCGUCCGUGCCCUCACAGACCUGCAGUAUAUCAAGGUCACCCGCCUCCAGUACCAGAACGGGCUGAUGGCUUCCCGCCUCGAGAGCUGCCCCCCGUCUCCGGAAGGGGCCCCCCCUAAAUUGGACACCUCCUUGUCAGAAAAGGGGGAUUCCUCAGCCGCCGACGAAAUGACCAGCCUUUUGAACGAGAGGAACUGCCAGCAUAACAAGUCUAACCACAGCCCCCCUGACAACGUGGUCUGACCCUGGUCCUUUGGCAGCCUGGCUCGCCUCGCCUCGCCUCGCCUCGGCCAUUCUCUUCCAAAGACAGCCGCCUGGGCGGGGGUGCCCACGAGGGGAUUGCAGUCAUGCGGCGAGAAACCUCAGGGAGCGUUUGCAGGCGGGGCGGGGGGAGCAAGAGACCCCCUCCCCUGCACAAACUGAUGGUUCUCUCUAAGGUGUCCCCCCCAGGCCACACCCCCUUCUGCGGCUUCUUCUGAAGGGCGGCCCCGCCUGGACCGUGACUGCUGCCUCUAACAAGGAUACGGGUCCUGGAUGCUAAAGGGAAUCCCGGCCGGAGCCUGCCAGCGCCAGAGUGACCUGCCCUGAUCGGGACUCCGCCGGGUUUGCGUUUCGGCCGGGUGGGGCAUCGGCUCCCCCGAUGCGGUUUCCAAAGGGAGCUCCCUCGCUGCUUUUUCACUCCCGCGGCUUUUUUGGUUCGGACAGGCGGAAGUGGAGACAAAGCGAUGCCGUUACCGGGCGUGCUUGGAAGGGAGCACUGCCACCCGGGAGCUGGCCCCAUCCUGGUUCCCUCGUCCGCAGCCGGUGUGGGGGGGGGCAGUGUCGACCCAUUCCCUGUCUGCAUUCCAGAGUUGCGUAGGUACAGAGACUGCACAGAACUCGCCAGAGGGGGUUGAGAACAACACCGGGGGGGGGAGCAGUGGGACAGAAACAGCUGUCCAUGGAUAGGAAAGGGCCCUUUGCUCGUCUCAGGGAGUUCUGAAUCUUGAGUGUUAUCUGGGGUUCUGCCGUUCUUUCCCCCCCCCUUCCCAAUCAAGUCUGUUGGGUUCCCAAGCUUGGUUCCCCGGUGACUUGGACUACAAAUCCCAUCAUCCCCCGCCGCCAAAGACCAUUGGGGCUGGGGUGAUGGGAGUUGUAGUCCAGCAUUUGGAGACCCAAGCUUCAGGACCCCUGGAGUAGGAGGAACACAUCUGACAAGCAGUGGGAGCUAUGCGGGGGUUUUAGGGUUGCUGAAACCCGUCCCCUCGCCUUCCUCGGAGAGAGCUCCGUUUCGGGGGGCAUUGCUGUUACCCGAGAACAAAUUCUGUCUCCGUUGUGUCCCAGGCUAACAUCCGUCUCAAAAAAAUCUUGCAAGAAGGCCUGGUUUACUCAUGCAUCGGAACAAGAUGGUAGCAUGCCUGAGGUGGCAGAACAAACCGUAGAUGACGCCAAGGAUCACCGUCUUUAAUGAUCCCUGAUGUUUUUAAAAAAACCAAGCAAACUGCAGCAAGGAGAGAGAUGGCCAGUAUAUUUCCCCCCUGAUGUUUUUUAACUCACAGGGACUCACUUUUUCUUCUUAUUAAUUGAGGAGGGAGUUCGAUCCUCCACAUACGCGAUCUGCAAUGGUGUCAUCCAAAGGUUCUCAAAUUUGGGUCCCUGGGUGUUGAUGGACUACAACUCCCAUUGUCCUCAGCUGCAGUGGAUGAUGGGAGUUGUAGUCCAGCAACAUCUGGGGUCCCAGGUUUGAGAACCCCUGGAGUAGUCCAUUCUACACCUCAUUUGCUGUAGAGGUCAAUCAGGCCAAGAAACUCCCUGACUUCUAAUUUCAAGGUACCAUGUUUCUGUCCCCUGCUUAGUAGACCUGAUGGUAGUCACAGAAAUGGUUGUGGGACAUGGUUUGUGGUGGCUUUGAGCUCACGGGGUUGACGGUAGCACGGGGAAGUGGCACACGGGGCUGUCUGGGGAGGAGGUGCGAUUUCAGAUGCAGGACUUCUGAGCAUCUCCUUGCUGAGAUGCCUCUGAAUAUGUGGCCAUAAUUGUAAUAAUAAAUUUGUCUUCAUUUUGUCCCUGUUAGGCCUCCUUUAGAUCUAAACUAAUCUUGGUUUGCUUGUUUAGCCCCAUGGAGGCAAUUCUUGGCUGGCACGUCUCAACAUAGAAUCAAUCCAUUCAAUCAGUUUUUACGGGGCCGUGACAUCCAAAGGAGCUCGCAUCCCCUUCAUCCUUCUGUUGUGAUAAAUCAGAGGUGGCCAACCUGAGGCUCCCUGGCUGUGAUCCAGACUACAAAUCCCAUCACACACACCCACUGCACUACAUUGCAGCAUGGGGUGAUGGGAGUUGUAGUCUGAACUGCAGCCAGAGAGCCUCAUUUUGGCCACCCCGUGAUAAACUAUUUUCUGCAGAGUGAGACUGGGAUAUGAACACAGGAAGGUUAAUUUUCAACGGUUGAAUGCCAAGACAAAACGGUUGUCUGGAUCAGGGAUUCUCAAUGUUGGGUCCCCAGAUGUUUUUGGACUUCAGCUCCCAUAAUCCCUAACCAAAGGCCACUGGGGCUGGGGAUUAUGGAAGUCCAAAAACAUCUGGGGACCUAACGUUGAGAAUCCCUGGUCUGGAUCGAAAAGUCAACAAAUUCAGUCAAAUGCGAUCCAGUCAUUGCAGUCAGUCAGGGGUGCUAUUCGGCAAGGGUUCUUGAACUUGGGUCCCCGGAAAUGGUUGGACUGCAGCUCCACUGGCCCUUUGGCCACUGUGGCUGAGGAUUUGUAGUCCCACGUCGGGAAACCACUGCCAGGUGCAGAUUAGGGCAGUGCAUUGGCUUCCUCGGAUUCUUUACAUUUCUUAGCAAAUGGGUUUUGAUGAGCACUGGAGAUGGCCGUCCCAAAGAAUUCCUUUAGUGCAAGCCUUCACAUGUUUCUCCCCCUCUCUUAAUGCUAGAAUUUGGGGUGGUUGGACGAUGUUGAUUGGCAGUCGUUCAAACCAUCGAAAGUGCUUCACACUUCAGAAGUAUUUUGUCUAUGCCACUAGUUGGAUGCCUUUUGAAGGGGGAUUCCACAGAUUCAUGGAGGAUAGGCUUGUCCGUACCCAUCAGCCGCAAUGGCGAAAUGAAACCUCCCUGUCCAGAGGCUGUUAUCUCUGAAUGCUGGGGGGAGGGGGAGCAAAAGUAGGAAACGGCCAUUGCCUCCAUCCAUUGCUGGUGGACUUCAUGCAGGCAUUGGACUCGCCACUACCAGAAGCAAAAUGGUGGGACAGAAGGAUGGCUCUUCCUAUGUUCACUUAGACCAGUGCUCUUCAUUGCAAGGCCUGGGGGCCAUCAGCCCUAAGCACAAUUCCCUGACUAAUUGUUUAUUGGGCCUGUGUGAAGUGUUGACUAAAGUUGAAUACUCUGCACACUUCCCUGGCAUCAUGUGGAGACGGCCAUUCUCACUGGAACAUAGGAAACUGCCAUAUACUGAGUCAGACCAUGAGUCCAUCUAGCUCAGGAUUGUCUACACAGACUGGCAGCGGCUUCUCCAAGGCUGCAGGCAGGAAUCUCUUUCAGCCCUAUCUUGGAGAUGCUGCCAGGGAAGAAACUUGGCACCUUCUGCUCUUCCCAGAGCGGCUCCAUCCCCUAAGGGGAAUAUCUUACAGUGCUCACACUUCUAGUCUCCCAUUCAUAUGCAGUCAGGGUGGACCCUGCUUAGCUAAGGGGACAAGUCAUGCUUGCUACCACAAGACCAGCUCUGCACUUUGCCACUGCAUCGGUGGGGCUCGCUUAAGGGAAACGGAGGCCUCGAGUCCUGCACCGUCUUGGAAGGCUUGCACCGAGUGCUGGGCAGCCCUUCCCAGACCUAUCUUCCUCUUUAGAGAGGGCUCCAACUUUCUUAAGGGGCCCUCCCAGCCCUGAGAAGUGCAUUACUGUGCAGAGAUGAGUGGGGAAAUGGCUCUCACCUUGAAUGUUUUGGGGGUUUUUUUGCCCAAGUGACCCCUGCUUGAAAAAUCUGGAUAUUAAGAGCGAUUGCAGCAUAUUCUCUAAAGGCAGAGCAAACACAGCUUCGCAACUGAAAUCUGCACACUAGUACCUCAAAUGAUGCUUUGGAAAGUUGUUCCCUUUCAGCCUCAGAUGGGAGGUCUAAGGUGGUUGUGUGUAGUGUUGUUGUUUUUAGGGUACACAUGAACAUAUAUGUCCACCUUAUUAAGCAAAAUUCAAAAAUCGCUCACAAAGCUGUUUUGGGGAUUGGAAGGGAAGCGUGUUAAUGAGGAGACAGGCACUAGGCAGUAGAUGCCCACUGCAAGUGACUUUUUGCAGGUGAAUGUUAAAACCAAAAACCUGCAGAAUAAAGUACUUGGUGUUCUUGUUUUGUUUCCCCCAGAGCUUGUUCCAAGAUAGAAAACAAUUAUGUGUGCUCUUGACGCUCUCGGAUCACCUCUGCUGCUAUUGUGGAUGGGAUGCACCUCAGAAUAAUGAAUACGAGUAUUUAUAUACUGUUUUUCAACCAAAUUUCCCAAAGCGGUUUACAUAGAUAUAAAUAAAACGGCUCCCUGUCCCCAAAGGGCUCACAGUCUAAAAAAGAAACAUAAGACAGGAGGAUGGAUGAGGAUGGAUAGGGCCAGUUGUUCUCCCCCUGCUAAAUAUAAGAGAAUCACCACUUUUAAAAGGUGCUCCGUUAGCUGGGUUCUGCUAACUGGGUUAACACAGCUCUCAAACUCUAUGGUAGUCGUAGAAAAAUUGAGUGGCCAAGGUGUUUGGAGUGCAUGAGAAUUCCUAGCGUCAGCACCAUUAGCGGUGCUGCGAAUUAAAGGCAAGUCAUGUUCUCGUAGCCCCAUCCACAGAACAUGACAUAAAGGGAAUGGAGAACUGCCAAUGUUUCAGCCAGCCUCUAUAGCUGUGCCUCUAACAGCAGUUGAUCUGCAGAUGUUAGCGAGUGAUCAUGUAUUUUGCUCUGUGCUCUGAUCUGGGGUUUUCCCCAAGUGGCCCAUUGGCAACCCUACGGCCAGGAUGUGUUCCUACAGGGAUUUGGGGCUCAGCAGGGAUGAAACUCACUGGGAGAUGAAAUUUUGGUUCCGCCUGCAGGUUGCCAGUUGGCCGUCUCUGAUCUCUGCUCUCUUCCAAGGGGCUGGUUCUCUCGAGCAAAGUCUGGGCCGGAGGAGUGACCAGUCAAGCUCCAAGCCCCCUGCGUAGUCCAAGAAGCAACCAUGUGUUAGCAAAACACUGAGAUACGAGGAGUGGGGAGUAAUCGUCUGCUGGCCUUGAUCUGGAUAGGGCAACAGCAGUUCACCCAAAUCAUGAAUCCAGCACUGUAUCAAAGGAGGAGAGAAAGCAUGUCCUGCCCCGUCCUAUCCAGCUUGCGGCUAGCAGAUGACCACUUCCCCUCCUGCGAUCUCGAUUUUUGCCAACACAUGGCCAUUCCAUUUCCACACAUGGAGCCUGGAACCUGGCUGGACAACACUCCUUAGAUUUGUUCUCACAACUGGCAGCUGGGCAGGAGGUUGUGGGGAGCCUAGCAUUCUAGCCGGCCUAAAGGAGGCUGUAGAGCGGGCUGCACAUUUCCGAUUGCAGAGUACAGGAGAGUCGUCGGAAAAGACCGCAGGACUCCUUUGCAUAUCUAGGCCAAGCCAGCCACGGCCAUUCCUGCCUCCCUUCCUGCCUCUGUCUCUAAGCUGAACUGACAUUGACAUGUUGGGUUUGUUAGCAAUACUUGAUUUUGGGACUCCGGGGGUAGGAAAGUAUCUCCUUCCUUUGCCAUGUGGCUUUUUCAGAAAACUAUGCAGGAGGCCAAGAUCCACUACAGCCUGGAAACUGGCGUCCCCUUUUUUCUCUCGCAGGGACAUCUUUGUGCUUUUUCAGCAGCUUUAAUUUAAUUGGACUGUAAACGUGUUUCAUUUGAAUGUAGGGUUGGGUUUGUUUUUUUUGGUCUGACUUCAGUUUUCUGUUUUGUGUGUGCGUGUUGGGAGGGGUGGAUUGUUGGGGUUUUACUUCCCUCCUUUUUAUUAUUAUUAUUAUUCCUAAGGAAAGCACAGUGGUUUCUGAACUUUUGCCCCUUUGUGGGUGACAUGAUGUAAUUUAUUGUCAUUUUUCCCCCUGAUUUUAAAAUACAGACACUAAACUCAAGAUCCUAGCUCCUUUGCGGGAGAUAUGCUUUUAAAAAAUUAUUAUUAAAUAAAUACUAUCAAAUCAAA